CGGAAAUAUUAUCAGUAUAUUAUUUUCUGAAGCACUGAGGAGUAAAAAGGGUACAUUCUUAAAAGUUUAUCGUUAAAGGAGGUUGUUGAGGGAUAUAAGCAAACAUGGUUUCGGUCAUUAACACAGUGGACACCUCACACGAGGACAUGAUCCAUGAUGCUCAGAUGGAUUAUUAUGGCACCAGACUGGCCACCUGCUCUUCGGAUCGCUCUGUCAAGAUCUUCGACGUCAAGAACGGAGGACAGAUCCUUGUGGCCGAUUUAAGAGGUCAUGAGGGUCCGGUGUGGCAGGUGGCCUGGGCUCAUCCCAUGUACGGCAACAUCCUGGCGUCCUGCUCCUACGACAGGAAGGUGAUCAUCUGGAAAGAGGAGAACAGCACCUGGGACAAGAUGUAUGAAUACACAGGCCACGACUCCUCGGUCAAUUCGGUUUGCUGGGGCCCAUACGACUUUGGCCUGAUUCUGGCCUGCGGUAGCUCAGACGGGGCCAUCUCAGUGUUAACCUGUUCUGGAGACGGACACUGGGAUAUUAAGAAGAUCAACAAUGCACACACUAUCGGCUGUAAUGCAGUGAGUUGGGCCCCAGCUGUUGUCCCAGGGAGUCUUAUUGAGCAGCCAACAGGACAGAAGCCCAACUACAUCAAGAGAUUUGUGUCUGGAGGCUGUGACAAUCUGGUCAAGCUGUGGAAGGAAGAAGACGGCCAGUGGAAAGAGGACCAGAAGCUGGAGGCGCACAGUGAUUGGGUGAGAGAUGUUGGAUGGGCUCCUUCUAUUGGUCUACCGACCAGCACAAUCGCCAGCUGCUCGCAGGAUGGUCGUGUGUUCAUCUGGACAUGUGAUGAUCCUGCUGGUAACACCUGGACAGCCAAACUCCUCCACAAAUUCAAUGAUGUGGUGUGGCACGUGAGCUGGUCCAUCACUGGAAACAUCCUGGCUGUGUCUGGAGGAGACAACAAGGUGACCCUGUGGAAGGAGUCAGUGGACGGACAGUGGGCUUGCAUUAGUGACGUCAACAAAGGCCAGGGGGCCGUGAGCUCCAUCACAGACAGCCAACAGAGCGAGCAGUGAGCCCUGUCCCUCUCUCGCACCUCUAAUCAGACCAGGGUUACUUCAUUCUGCCCUCAAAGACUUUCUGAAACCUGCAUCCCACUCCCAGGUGCUGGAGCCCAUAUCAAAUGUUGUUUGGUUUUUCAACCUUGCCAUGAUUUUUUAGAUUAUUUCCAAUGGUUCCUUCCCAGAUUGGAUGUUUCCGGUGAUUUGUAUUAUUUGUUCUAUUUCUAAACAUGGCAAGUAUGUUGAGAAAUAACUACUGGAGAAUUAAAAAAAUAUGAAAGCUAGUCCAAAUAAUGGCCAUAGUGGAUAUUAACAGUGGGUUUCAAGUCCUUAAAAACCCCUGAAGAAUAAAAUUUUCUAUACU